AUGCACGCUAACACUCGGACCGACCCGAAGCGCCCCACCUACCGCUCCCGACUGGCCGAGCGAGACUCAUUCUACAAUCAGUCAGAGCCCUACGAAGAUGGCAAAGAGAACUAUCAUAUGCGAGUCGCUCAGCGGGAUGUUGCGGACUACGAAAGGUUCAUACGGUGGAUUAGGCAUGGCCCGAGCAGGGUGUACUACACGAUUGUUUCUGCACAGGCUGAAUACAAGAAACUCCAGCAACAGACUAUGAAGAACGCCAAGGAUGAACUUCAAGCUCACCGAGCUCGUGCCGUUACCGAAGCCUCCCAGCCCGCUGAAGCUGAGCAGUCCACUGAGUUUAUCCAAAGUCAGUAUAUUGAUUUGAAUGUGCAGAUUGAUCGUGAGUUGCGCGGGCCCUGGGGUGCUUGGUUCCAUUGA